GGCCUCGGGUGACAUUGGGCCUCGGCCGCUGAAGGGGGAGGACGGGCUGCGGACCCUGGUCGAGAGCGAGACCUUGGCUUGUGCCCGCUGCCGCCAUGUUUCGCGUUAUGGUCAGCCACGCCAAGAAGCACCCCAGCUUGAUCCCUCUGUUUUUGAUCAUUGGAUCUGGAGGCGUUGGUGCAGCCCUGUAUCUCAUGCGUUUGGCAAUGUUCAACCCUGAUGUCUGCUGGGACAAGAAAAAUAAUCCAGAACCUUGGAACAAACUGUCUCCCAGUGACCAGUACAAGUUCUACUCGGUUAAUGUAGACUAUAGUAGACUGAAAAAGGACCGUCCUGACUUCUGAACAACACGCUCAUCUCCGUAAGCUGCACAGAAAGGUCUUCCGGAAGCCAUCCGCACAAUUGUCAUGCUUAAUCAUCCAGGAAAUAAUCAAACUUGCCUCAUGCUGCAUUUGGUCAUGUGUUUGAAAGUGUUUUGAUGAGGCUUAAUAAAUGUCUGAAACUUGAA